GCUGAUCGUAUUUAAAGAAAGAGUUGAGAGCAUAUAAUGAAGAGGAAGACUGACAGAAAGAGAAGAUGGCUGAUGAGUGUGAUCUGUGUCUGCUGGGACUCAUCUUUCUAUCUUCACUUCUCUCAGGUUCCAGUGAAGUGAAUGAUGCUCAUGUGUUCAUCAGUUCUGGUCAAAAUGUCCGUCUGUCCUGUAAUAAUGCUCUUCAUGACUGCAGAUCAACUACAUGGAACUAUAACAGAUUCAGUCAUUCAGCAGCAGUUGAACUGAUUAAUUCAGGGAUAAAGAAGAAAGACACAGAGAGACAUGAGAGACUGAGUCUGGGGUCUGACUGCUCUCUGAACAUCAACAACAUCACAGAAGAAGAUUAUGGACUUUACACCUGCAGACAAUAUGUGAAUAAACAAAAACAAGGAACUGAUGCUCGUGUGUUUCUGCAUGUUCUUCAUGUCUCUUCAUCUUCAUCAUCCUCACAGACUGAGAUCAGUGCAGGCCGCUCUGUGACUCUCUUCUGUCAGCUGUAUUCAUAUUCAUAUGCUGGAGUCUCUUGUGAUGAUUGGAUCCGUUCUGAGGGAAUUGAGCUGUUCUGGGUGAAUCAGGCUGGUGUUAAACUGAAGAUAUCAGACUCCAGAUAUCAGAUAUCAGCAUCAGAUCACUGUAACAUCACUCUGACUACAACACUCCUGAAUGAAGAUCACAACAGAGAGUGGAGAUGCAGUGUUACUCACAGAGAUCGAGUCCAGAGCUCAGUCACAUAUACUGUCAAGAGUUCAGCUCGAGAUGAUCCAGCGUCACCAGUGAUUCCAGUCCACAACACAAAAUCAACUACAACGACACCAAUACGACACCAAUAA